UAUAUCAGACAUGAGGGUGCGCUGCCAGAUCAUGAAACCGCCAAGUUCCUGGCACCAGGAGGAAGUGGAACUGAGGAGCUGUCCAAGGUGAACAUGAUUUCAAGCAGCAGGCAUCGGUCUCAGAGAGGCUACUUGACGUUGUUAUGUUUCAUAUUACUUGAGAUUAUCGUUGGAGAAACUGCGGUGUUUUGUCUACAGUUGGCUACAAAGGACUUUGAAAACCAAGAAAAAACAAUAUUAACUGGAGACUGUUGUUAUAUAAAUCCACUAGUGCGCAGAACCAUCAGAUUCCUUGGAAUUUAUGCGUUUGGACUGUUUGCUACGGACAUCUUUGUAAAUGCUGGACAAGUAGUAACAGGAAACCUUGCACCGCAUUUUCUUGCACUUUGUAAACCCAACUAUACAGCACUUGGAUGUAAACAGUAUACACAGUUCAUCAGUAGCGUACAUGCCUGUACUGGAAACCCAGACCUUAUCACGAAAGCCAGAAAGACAUUCCCAUCCAAAGAAGCAGCACUGAGCGUAUAUGCAGCUAUGUAUCUGGCUAUGUAUAUCACUAACACAGUAAAAGCCAGAGGAACAAGGCUUGCAAAACCUGUUCUGUGCUUGAGCUUAAUGUGCUUGGCUUUCCUUACUGGAAUCAACAGAGUAGCAGAGUAUCGAAAUCACUGGUCAGAUGUAAUAGCAGGAUUUCUAAUCGGAAUAUCUAUAGCCGUGUUUUUGGUUGUUUGUGUGGUAAAUAACUUCAGAGGACGUCAGCCAGAACAGGAACAUUCUCAUAUGGAUAGUCUGGCCCGGAUGCCAAUGAUCAGCAUCCCCCGAGUAGAAAGCCCUUUAGAAAAGAACCACAUCACGGCCUUUGCAGAAGUCACAUGAUGUUGACGCUGAUGUUUAUUCACUCCAUUGGACUUCAUCUCUUUUCACAGCCCAGUCACGAUAAUUGCAGUGUAUCCAAAAUAAGAAAAUUUAAAAAGUCCUAUUUCUGACUUGAUUUUUACAUGAUUAGAAUGAUACCAACAUUUUGAAGAAUUCUUAAAUAUUAAAACAUCACUUACUUUGCUUUCCAGCAAAAAUAUUAAACAACUGUUUACUUUUUGGUGGAAUGGGACAAACUGAGCGCUAAUUACAUUUAUCUGACAAUACCCUCUAUUUUGGCUUCUCAUUGUUUUUAAUGGUUCAUAUACCUAUUCCAGCAGCACGUCAUAUUUUGAUUUGAAUUUGAUUUUUAAAAUCUGCAUUUUUAAUUCAGCAUGAAUGUUUUUCCAUUUAAGGCAGUUUCAGUGUAUAAAAACGAGAAAAAGAUUUACGUUCUGUAUGAAAAUGCUGUUUGCACAAUUGUAUUACACUCUAUUCCAUGUAAGAUAUCAUUUAAACUGUAUGUUAUAUGUAAGACUGGUGCUUCUGCUUUUGAAGAGAAAAAACCCGCCAAUUUUUACUGUAAUAAGUAUUAUAUCAUAAUUAAAAGUUUAUUUAUUUGGAUAUUUUCCUGACAUAAAUGUAGUUGAAUUGUUGUUUUGUAGUUCUUGAAUGUCUUGGAUGAUAUAUAUGUAUCUAGGUUAAAAGAGAUGAAAGUAACGUAGAAAUUUUGAUCAUUAAUAUUCCUUAUUGAUGAUAUCCCAUGAUAGGCUAAAGGCUCCAUUCUUAGUUCAGCAUAUCUGAUGGGAAGUAGUGCUAAUCCUAAAACAUUUAAAUCAUUCAAGGAAGCCUGCAUCUUCUACUCACAUGUUUAUUGUACACCCUGAUAUGCUGGAAGAAUGGGUGCUAAGAUGUGAGAAUAUAUGAGAUAUUUCUCACUGGCUUAGUGAGAAAAGUACAUAUGUGUUUCUACUCUCCAUUUUCACCUUGGAGCACUCAUGGAAGAAACAAAAUGACUGCAUAAAGUGACCAGAACAGGUGAAAUUUAUCUCUAGAAAGCUUUCUAUCUCUGUAUUUCAGGGCCAUAUUCUUGCAGAAAGAAUAUUCUCUGUCAGUCUGUGCAGUGUUGAUAGGAAUUGAUUUUUUCAGCAUCAGGCAAUGGUAUCGUAUCUCAUUUGUCACUGUGAGUAAUCAAAUUGAGUGUCCCCUUCAAAAGACAGCCUUGCUGCCUAUUUGUAGUGAAGUUGUCCUAUAAAAAUUGAGAGUGGAAUGGAUUUGAAUAUUGUAGGUGCUGAAGAUACUCAUAGCAUCUGCCAGAAAGUUUUCCUUUGGCAACAGUGGGUACAACACUACCACUAUAAAUACAUCAGGAACAGUAAUGUUCAGUGAUCUGUUGAAACAGGCAUAACAUUUUAGGCCUUAAAUUUUUCCUAAUACACUGUAUUUCCUGUGCAUUAAUCAUUGGUAGAAGUUGUUUGAAAGACAUGACUGUAGAAUCAGGUAUAUAUUUUAUAUGUUGAAUUUUAAUACAUUCCCACAUAGUCAUCCAGGGAAUACAUGCUUUUUAUUUUUUAUUUUAACCUCUGCUUUCACUGAAAUACUUACCUACCACUACCUAAAUAUUGCUUGGGAAGCAAAGCGAGGCCAGGUCUUCUCUGAGUGCAAUAGAGCGUAUCUCACAAAGUCAUUGUGCUAAGCUGAGAAUUAGAGAAUAAAGAAAUACAUCAGUGGGGAAGAAAGCCCUAGAAUAGAGCCCUUAGCUACAAGAACGUUACUUAGGUGAUUGAAAAGCCACCUUUAUUAGACUAUCAAUCAAUCAAUCAACUGUGUUUACAAAAUUGUAGUAGGUCUAAAAUUUGUUUCACCACAUUAGGCACACUUACUUACCCUUUCCUUUGUCUAGCUAUUUAGGGCCCAAGGUACUAAUGAUUUCUCUGUAUGCAGAUUUAAAUGAAAUCUUCACUCAUUUUUGCAUGGUAGCAAACCUGCAUUUUUUUUAUAUCUGAUUUAUAAGAUUACCAACAGAUUUCUUUUAUGUUAAAAGAGAUGACUCUUUUUUCAGUGUACUGUAUAUAAUCAGCUUGUAACUGGUCUCUUUCUCUCUCAGGAUCUUUCCCAGUCAAAUAUUUGGGUUAAAUUUAUCAUGUUAUCUUUGUGAACCAGCAGUGAGAAAACAAAAAGAGAUACACUCUACUGUAUAAUGUAUUUUUAAAUAAAAUAAUUUUUCAUUCA